GAAGAAGAAGAAGAAGGAGGAGGAGGAGGGAAAAAAAGAAGAGUGUUAGCAGAGUCUCUUUGUUGUGUUUUUAAAGUGUGAGCAUGUCUAAAGUCCAAAUGCUGAGAGCGUUGGUGCAGCAGCGACUAACUGCGGCUGCUGAAGAGAUAUUUGGGCUGGUUGAAAGAACGAUAGCAGAGUACGAGGAGGAACUUUGUCGAUCAAAAGAGGAGAACGAGCGACAUCGGAAACUACUGGACGCUGUUUUCAACCCUCAGCUUCGGUUACACAGAGCAGAUGUCCAGCAGCUGUCGGUGGUUAAAGAAGAGGUUCCCCCUGAGCAGCAGGAGUGGAGCUCCAGUGUGGACCAGGAGGACCCGGAGCCUCCACACAUUAAAGAGGAACAGGAGGAACUCUGGAUCAGUCAGGAGGGAGAGCAGCUUCAAGGGCUGGAGGAGGAUGAUAUCACCAAGUUCACAUCCACUCCUGUCCCUGUGAAAAGUGACAAUGAUGAAGAGAAACCUCAGUCCUCACAGCUUCAUCAAAGACACACUCAGCAGAUGAGAACAGAAGUGGAAGGAAAGGACUGUGGAGGAGCGGAACCAUCCAAGAAUUCAGAUUUGUAUAGACAUUUACAACCUGAGACUGAUGACAGUGAUGGUUGGACAGAGACCAGAGAACCUCAGUCAGGUUUAAACUCUCUGAAAAAUGAUCAAGUCCCUGUCAAUGAUUUGAUUGUUGGUGAAAAACCAUUUCGCUGCUCUGAGUGUGGAAAAGUUUUUAAUCGUAGUGGCAGUCUGAAGGAACACAUGAUACGUCAUACUGGAGAGAAACCAUUUAGCUGCUCAGAGUGUGGGAAAACAUUUGGUUACAGUGGAUCUCUGAAAAUACACAUGAGAUGUCAUGCAGGAGAGAAACCAUUUAGCUGCUUGGAGUGUGGGAAAAGUUUUGGUUACAGUGGAGAUCUGAAGAGACACAUGAGAGCUCAUUCAGGAGAGAAACCAUUUAGCUGCUCUGAGUGUGGCAAAAGUUAUAUUCAAAGCGGAGAUCUGAAGAUACACAUGAGAUCUCAUUCAGGAGAGAAACCAUUUAGCUGCUCUGAGUGUGGCAAAACCUUUGCUCAAAGUGGAGUUCUGAAGGUACACAUGAGAUCUCAUACAGGAGAAAAACCGUUUAGCUGCCCUGAGUGUGGGAAAAAUUUUGGGUACAGGGGAUACCUGACCAUUCAUAUGAGAACUCAUGCAGGAGAGAAACCAUUUAGCUGCUCUAAAUGUGGAAAACGUUUUUGUCGCAGUGGAAGUCUGAAGGAACACAUGAGAUCUCAUACAGGAGAAAAACCAUUUAGCUGCCCUGAGUGUGGGAAAAAAUUUGGUUACAGGGGAUACCUGACCAUUCACAUGAGAAGGCAUGCAGGAGAGAAACCAUUUGGCUACUCUGAAUGUGGGACAAGAUUUGGUGAUAGCGGUGAUUUGAAGAAACACAUGACAUCUCAUUCAGGAGAGAAACUAUUUAGCUGCUCUGAAUGUGGCAAAAGCUUUGCUCAAAGUGGAGAGCUGAAGAGACACAUGAGAUGUCAUACAGGAGAGAAACCAUUUAGCUGCAUGGAGUGUGGGAAAAGAUGUGGUUACAGUGGAGGUCUGAAGAAUCACAUGAGAUCUCAUUCAGGAGAGAAACCAUUUAGCUGUUCUGAGUGUGGAAAAAGUUUUUGUCAAAAGUUAAAUCUGAAGGCACACAUGAGAUCUCAUACAGGGGAGAAACUAUUUAGCUGCUCUGAAUGUGGCAAACGCUUUGGUCGAAAUUCACAUCUGAAGAGACACAUGAGAUCUCAUACAGGAGAGAAACCAUUUAGUUGCUCUGAGUGUAGCAAAAGCUUUGGUCAAAGUGGAGAUUUGAAGACACACAUGAGAACGCAUACAGGAGAAAAACCAUUUAGCUGCUCAAUUUGUGGGAAAUCAUUUACACAAAAUGGAAAUUUACAAACACACAUGAAAAUUCAUGAAGGAGAAAAGUGAUUCAGCUGUUCAGUCUGGAAAAAAAAACUGUCGUUGCUUUUAGGAGGGCAUCUUGUAACUGCAUCAGUUUUCAGUUGUGAAGGGCUGUCUGACAGCAUGGUUAUGUGUUGAAAAUACAUUUAAUGUAGUGUCUACUUAAAUUGAUGUGGACAUUGUUUAGGUGAUGCUGUUUUUAUGUGGCUAAGAUAGGUUUUGCUGCUGUCCCCGUUCACAGUCACAGACUCCUUUGAUAGAAACAGCCCUUUUUUCUACCUAGCUCCCAUGCCAUUUUUGGUCUCUUUUGGGUCUCUCUGCAUCAUUCUGUGUCCCCUCUUGAAAUUCAGAUCUUUCUAUGGGUUCACAAAGGCAGUGCAUGUGGAACUCUUCAUGAGUUUUUUACCCCCCUGUGCAGCAGUAGUAUGAGUCAUGGGGUGGAUAAUUGAUCAAGAGCUCCAAUCAGAGCUGAUCUGAUCGAUGGGUGAGAGGAGCAGCUGCUGCAGAGGUGAGUGAAAGCAAGGGAAGUAAUAAAGCAACUCAGGACAUAAAAUAAAAGAAAUGUCAGACAGGAUGAACCAUGGUGUUAAACUGUUUUUCUUUAAAUGUUUCAGUCAUGGCUGAAAAUAACAGAAAUAAACAGGUUUGCUGAAUUUACACAUCUCUGCAAUUCA